CCCCCCGCCCUCUUUAUGAUGCUUCAAGCGCAUCGGGGGUGGGGGAGGGAAGGCAGCCCCCCGCCCCCCCCCUUUCUGAUCCCCCCCGGACGAGCGGAGGGAGCCCGGCCCCAGCGCUCUCUUCGGGGUUCGCCCCCUUCCCCUUACAUAACCCAGCAGGAGGGUUACACAAGCAGCCUGCCCCCUAAACCAUUGAUAAAAUGUAAACCACGCCCCCAAGCUCUGAAGCCCCGCCCCCAGGCCUCCCUUCACCAUCUGUUGUGAUGUUUGCCUUCUUUGGAGAGGAAUGGAGGAAGACCUCGAGCAGCCGUCCCACGGCUGGCUGGGAAGCUGGCUUCCGGCUUGGCGUCCCACCUCCAUGUCUCACCUUAAGAAUGUAGAAGCUCGGAUCUUGCAGUGCCUCCAGAACCGAUUCACGGCUCGGUACAUCUCCCUCCCCAACCAGAACAAGAUCUGGACGGUGUCGUUGUCCCCGGAACGGGGCUGGGGGCGCACUCCCCUGGUGAUGGUGCACGGCUUCGGCGGGGGCGUGGGGCUCUGGAUCCUCAACCUGGACCCCCUGAGCGCCCGUCGCCCUCUCCACGUUUUUGACCUCCUCGGCUUCGGGCGCAGCUCCCGGCCCCCCUUCCCCCACGAUGCCCAGGAAGCGGAAGAGGAGUUUGUGAAUUCCAUCGAGGCCUGGCGCCGGGAGAUGGGCAUCCCCAACAUGAUCCUCCUCGGCCACAGCCUUGGAGGCUUCCUGGCCACCUCCUACAGCUUGCAGUACCCAGAGAGGGUCAAACAUCUGAUCCUCGUGGAUCCCUGGGGCUUCCCAGUGCGGCCGUCGGACCCGAGCGAGGUGCGAAGUGCCCCGACUUGGAUCAAGGCUCUGGCGGCAGUGCUGGGGCGGUCCAACCCUUUGGCUGUGCUGCGAGCUGCCGGACCGUGGGGACCAGGGUUGGUGCAGCGCUUCCGUCCAGAUUUCAAGCAGAAGUUCUCAGAUUUCUUCGAUGACGACACCAUCUCAGAAUACAUCUACCACUGCAAUGCCCAGACGCCCAGCGGCGAGGCGGGGUUCAAGGCUAUGAUGGAGGCAUUUGGCUGGGCCCGGCGCCCCAUGCUGGAACGUAUCCACCUGGUACGCCGUGACUUGCCUAUCACCCUCAUCUAUGGUGCCAAUUCCUGGAUUGACACCAGCACCGGGAUGAAGGUCAAGAGCUCGCGGCCCGGAAGCUACGUCUGUGACAUGGCUAUCCCCGGUGCCUCCCACCACGUCUAUGCCGACCAGCCCCAUGCCUUCAACGCCGCUGUGGAAGAGAUCUGCGACUCUGUCGAUUGACGGCGCUGGAGCCGAAGGAGGAAAGAAGCUUGCUUGACAUCAGCACCCCACCUGGUUGCUGGGACACGCCCAAGAGUCCCCGCCCCCCAACUCUUUGAGUGCCACAAGGAGUGAUGAGUCCAGCUCCGCCGGAGCUGGUUGCAACUUUGGUUUUGGAAGAUGUCUGUCCCUUCCCCCCCGCCUUGACUUAACCUUCACGCUACUUAAAGGUUGCAGGCCACCUGCUUUGGGUUAAUCAAAAGUUCCACCUUUAUUUUUUAAAGAAAACUCCUUGUGGAACCUAGAUUGCGUAAGAUUUCCUCCUGAAAUUAGUGCCUCUCUCCUAGUCCGAAUUUUUUUUCUUUUCAAUCUAUUAUUUGCACUGCUUAGUCUUAGUUGCCCUGGAUCAAUAGGGGUUCUCUCUGCAUCCGCCCAGUGAGACGUCAGGUAGAUCUUUUUCUCCACAGCAGGUGAUAUCAUUGGUUCGGCUAGCCAAACCUACCUGAGCUGGGGGAGAAACAUUCCUCUGUUGUUCUGGUUGAUGCUAUCUUCAAUGGCACCCUAGUCAGUGAGUCAGCCUAGA